AUGGCGACUACUUCUAAUGAAAAACCACCACUUUUGAAAUGGGUGAUUGAGGACCCGGAAAUCUUGCCAGAAGAUAGUCCGUCUUUCCUCUGCGCUGUGUGCCGACGCAUCAACUUCAAGUUCCUUAUCUUCACAACAAACCCGUGGCAAGCUGUCAAGGAAAUCCCCUUGGAUAGCUUCGCGAGAAUUCUGGAGAAGCAGAGUUGUGCGUUCUGCCGAUUGGUGAAGCAGACGGUUGAUAAUAAUUUCGGUGCUGGCGUUGUGCCGGUUGAGCAUGAGGGAAAGGCGAUUAUGGUAUCUAUGAUUUCUACUAUGAAGGUAGUGGAUUUGUCUACACCGCAUGAGCUGCUGUUAUGGCUUAAGCCCAAUCCCUUGCCCGGUAGGGAGACUCCACCGCUGUUUAUCCAUACUGUUGAUACGGGCUACUGGCUCAAUAUCAAGGAAAAGGGCCGUAUCGUUCCAUCGUCGCAGAUUGAUUUCAUGCUACCUAUGUUUUGGAAUCGGAAGUGUCGGUACCACCUCUCCCCUGUUCACGAGGACCAUGCGUCACAGACGGAUAGCUAUAGUCUCCCUGUUGGUUUCCGGCUUAUCGAUACAAAACAAAUGUGUAUCGUGUCUGCUGACUCCACUUUUCAAUAUCUAACGCUUAGUUAUACGUGGGGAACUGGGGAGACACUUAAACUGCUCAAUGAGAACUUUGACGAGCUGGCACAGGAGAAUGCGUUAUCGAAAUACGAGCAUCUGAUCCCGCAGACGAUCAAAGACGCCAUGUAUUUGGUGCCUAAACUCAUGGAUCGGUACCUUUGGGUAGAUGCGCUCUGCAUAAUCCAGAAUGAUGCAGACGACAAGCAAGCGCAGAUUUCAGCAAUGGAUCAGAUCUAUGGCCAUUCGGUCUUGACCAUUGCAGUUGCGUACGGCGAAGGAGCUGAGGCAGGCAUUCCCGGCGUACGGCCGGGUUCUCGAUCUGUGAUGCAAAGAGCGGAGACUAUUCAAGAUAUCUGUCUGGCGAACCGACCAUGGUCUUUCGAUAAAAGUGUUGGGGAAUCUAAAUGGAAUACCAGGGCGUGGACGUUCCAGGAGAGGAUCUUGACCAAGCGAACUCUGUUCAUCACCGAGCAGCAGAUGUUUUUCAAAUGCGACCAUGUGGCCGGGUGCCAAGCGGAGGAUCUCGAUACCAAGUUGCAGGCUCGCAAACCGGUGACAUAUCCGAUGGAAGACACGGGCAAGGAUACCAUCCCGUCACGGUGGAGCAUCAAUAUCGUCACCUACCAGCGAACCGUAGAGUCCUUCGUCACUCGCGACCUCACGUACCCAGGCGACAUGCUCAAUGCUUUCGAAGGCAUAGCCCAGAAAAUGCGACCGAUCUUCCGCAGCAAGUUCUUAUACGGACUCCCUCAAACCGAGCUCGAGUAUUGCUUGCUGUGGGAGCCAUGGGGCGGUCACCUCCGGCGCCGUCGCGACCCGGAGACUGGAAAGUCCAUGUUCCCUAGCUGGAGCUGGGCCGGUUGGAUGGGACCGGUACGGUUCCAUCAAGAAGAAAAGCUGUCUCGCGUGAAAUGGGUUGAUGAGUCUGGCGAGAUAUUCACAAGUGAUGAGUACCGUGCGCCGACCUCCGCAGACACCAAAGAGAAAAUGCUAGAAUGGCGAAAUGAAUGGGUGGAGAAAAGGACGAGUUCUGGAUUUCGGUAUUUCCACCACUCCUCUGACCCGGAUUCCUGGUUUCGCAACCCCACAGCUCCAGAAGCAGAGCGGCGUCCUGAAGCCCAAUGCGCCCCCGAGACUGGACAUCUGCGUUUCUGGGCCAAGACCGACGAUCUUAAAUUUCCAGCGGAUUGGCAGCCCCCGAAAGAUACGGGCAACUCUCCACUCUGGGAGUUGAAAUUGGCAGAUAAAAAAGGGUACAACUUUGGAUAUUUCCGAGUCCCAGUAGAACUACUUCCUACUCUGGGCAUGCGCGGGAAGUCCUACGGCAUAGUCAUAAUAACUAGAUCUCGACAUAGCCAUUCGCACAAAGAAAUCCGGGCAGUGAAAAAGGAACCGCUGGAAAAGCCACCUACGCUGUACAGUGGCGAUGGGGCAGAACUCGAGAAGCCGUGGAGUGAGAAAUCGCUCGAGGAGUAUGAUGACGAGAAGGAGAUAACCAAUGAAGAAAACUUCUUCCCGGACGAAUUGGACAGCCAAGAUGCAAUGUGGGAUUUGGGUUUUGAUAGACGGAGAUAUGAUGCGUAUAAGCCGUUUCCUUUGUAUGAAUUUUUGGCGGUAGAGUAUAUUGAAGGGAUUGCUUAUCGGAUCGGAAUUGGAAAGAUGCAUAUUGAUGCUUGGCAGCCGGAAGAAGAAGAGAAGUGGAAGAAGAAGUUGAUUACGUUGGGAUAA